GUGAGGAUUUAUCUGCUGCAAUGGACAGAGUGUUAAAACGAGUGGGCCUUUCAAAAAGGCCACAAUUAGAUAACGAAACGAAUGUAACAGUAGAAGAAAGCCUUCAAAUUCGACGAAGAAGACGAUCGAAAUCUCGGAGAAGAACGCGCGCCAACCCGGAAAUAAACAAAAAGUCACGGGGAAUAUUUAAUAUUGAUUGGGAUGUUGUAAAAGAUUGUAGAUCUUGCAAAUCUAAAGCGAUCACCAGACGAUUUUGCAGUAAGAAAUCGGAUAACGAACUUUACAGAUCCAAUAGUUUCAAGUUCGAGAGGUUUACUAGAAAUAGUGGCGACCUUUCACCGAUCAAAAGAAAGACCUUGAUAGAAUGCAAUAGGCGAUUUUCCAAUGAACUGAUAUCCUUAUGCGAAGAUUACAGCCUGCCUGCGGACCAUUUGGCAGAAUUAGCAAAAAGGCGACCGAACAGUAUAGCGGUAUCAAAUAACUGCUUCUUAUCUCAGAACUUUUCUGAUCUCAUCGUUUCCAGUCCUGAAGCAGACCAUGUGGUAGUUUUAGAUACGUAUUCAAAUCCCAGAGAUUCCCAACAACAUUUGACCCAAGAGGAAAAAUAUUUUACUAGCCCCGAUAAAGAAUAUUCACAACCCUACACCACUGAAGAGUCUUCAAAUCCGACAUCGGAUGAAGAAUUUGCGUACCCAACAGGACCAGAGUUUACUGUUGAAGAGUUGAACUCCCCCGACAGUAUAAACGAAGGAGCUCCCCAGCAGGCAAUUCUUGACGCUCUUUCCCCCACAAAAACAGAUAUUCUAACAGCUAGAAGACAUCCCUCCCCUUACUACUACGGAGAUUUAUUUAAGUACAAAACUGAUCAUCCGCCACAAUCUUCCAAGGCAGCUUACAGCAGCGUGGUAAAGCAUCAAACUCACAAAGAACAGGGAAGUAAAGGAGAAGGUCAUAAAAAAUCCAAACAUUCCAAAAAGCAUCGGAAGGGUGAAACUAACGAAGCUAAAGAACGAGAUAAGGUCGCAAGAAACAGACCUCAAUUAAGACAGCAUAAAAAAUCGUCAUCUAUCGACAGUCACAGCACAUCAUCUCGGGAUGCAUCAAACGAUCCUCGCGAACGAAGAAGAACUAGCAAGACUUUAAACGUUCUUUCCUGCAACGACGAUGGCUUAGACGACAUGACCCGUCAAAGACAUGUCUACGAAACGGCCUUCGACUGUCGGAUCAGCAAAUCUGAUGAUGAUCUGGAUCAGAUUUCGCGGGUAACCAAUCAUCCCGUUCUGAUCCAAUGGAACAGUGAUAAGGGCGGAUCCGAGCCGACGAAAGGCAGCUCUUCCACACUUCACAGAAGCCCCAAGUCAAAAUCCAAAGACGAUAAAAACAUGCAUCUGGUUAGUGAAGAAACCUCCUCUUCACUAGGAGGCUUGCUGUUAUGUGGAUAUACACCGUCACCGCCGUCCACUGCGCCCCUACCUUCAAAGUUUCCAGGCAAGGAAUUGAUGAUGAAUAGUAUAAGAAGUGCACCGAAUCUGCCUUUGAGGACUCGUCUGAAAGACCUGAACCUGCCCGUAAAAACCUUGAGAAGUCGGUCUCCGGGCAUUGCAAGCGGUUCGUUGCAAAAGCGGCAAGGAAGUGCCUUCGAUAUUGAGUUCGGCAGUACCUCUAACUCAAAUCCACAUAUUUCUGAGUUUAAAGGACGGCCUGGAAAUUCCAGAGAGCAAACUGGUGAUAUGGAGAGAGUAACCGAAAUUAAGAGCAGGCCUAAACCCAACUUGCUCAUGGUGCCCAAAAGGAUGAAGGACAAUGUGAUAAGAAGACAUAAGUAUUCCUCGACGGAAAGCAUGACAACAAGUAGCAGUGGUGGAAGCAUGGAAAGCAUCAAGAGCAGUACCAGCGAGGGUAACAGAAGUACCAGUAGUUCUUCAAGCCGCCAAUCUGCCUCACUAAGUAGCCAUAGUUCAGACUCAGGGACUGGCCGUCCAAAAAAUUAUCCUGCUACACAAAGCAAUUUCCUCACUCAACAAGCUGGCAAUAAACUUCAUAUUUUGAGUCCCAUCUCGGACAAGUCGUCUCAGGAGCCGAUUUCUGAGACUUCUGACAAUAAUCGAAAUAAUAAUUCGCAAAAGGGCUCCCCAGAGGGCCACAACGAUCCCGUACCAGAAAUCAAAACGAACAAAAAAAGGUUGCCCCAAAACAAGAACCUUUUGAGCUUGAAUUUUCAUCGACCCGAAAUUCAAGGCUCUGAUAGUGGCAUUUCAAUUCAGAGUCGCGAAGGUGUUAACAAGUCCCGUUACGCGCUGGUAACAACUGAGUUAUCAGCUCCUCCUUCUAGACAAGAUUUUUCUGAUCUCCCUUUCGAUAUGCCCAAACUCAGAAGAUGCAGACUAAUUCCAGAUACUGUGUGCACUUCUGGAAGCGCCACCUCGAUAGACUUGAGAGAUUUGCCUUUUGAUAUGCCUAAGCUGCGAAGGAGAAUGAGAUUACAAGCUGGAAACUUGGAAGAUAGCGUAUCACAAGCGUCAUCAAGUCAAAGUGUUGUGGGAAUAGAAAGAGGACAAUUGAGGCCUAAGCUCACGUUAAAUUUAGGGGAUGCUGGAAAUCGGAAAAGGCCUGGAUUGGGACUGACUUUAACAGGAAUUGGAACAAAUGAGGGUGCUUCGACCAGUACUCAGUGUAAUACUUUGCAUUUUUCAUCUUGUGAUAACAUUGAUACUGAUCAACCAUUGGAAAAACAAGGCUGGUUUCACGGAUCGAUUACUAGAGUUGAGGCAGAAAAUGUUUUGAGGACUUUGAGAGAAGGCAGCUUUUUGGUGCGAAACAGCGAGUCAAUAAAAAAUGAUUAUUCCUUAUCAUUAAAAAGUGCCAGAGGCUUCAUGCACAUGAGGAUACAGAAGAAUAGCGAAAAUGGUUGUUUUAUUUUAGGUCAAUUUAGUAAGCCCUUUUUAUCCAUUCCCGAAAUGAUAAAACACUUUUCAAUGAAUCGUUUGCCCAUUAGAGGAGCCGAGCACAUGUGCUUGUUACAGCCUGUAAUAGCACAACUUUUGUGAUAGGGAUCAUUCAGCGCUACGUUUAACUUACAUGACUUGUCAUGUUAUUAUAUUUUUAGCAACAGAUUGAUACAGAGUUCCCACUGUGCUUUAGUACGUUUUAGCGAAAUUUUAAAACUUCCGCAUCUAAAACAUAUCACAUCACUAGAAGUAAUUUGGUUGAAUGAUUGGGUAAAUUUAACUGUAUAAUAACUUGACAGCUUUUAUUCGUUAUGAAUUCACGUUGACCCUUACUAAGAAUAUACGAAAAGUACAAAUACCGAAAAUCAAAAUAUGUAGCAAAGAUCAUCUGCAGAAUUAAGCGCAUGUUUGUUACUAAGGGUUGACUCUACGCUUCCACAAAACUGUACAGAAUCAAAAAGCUUUCAAAAUAAUAAUUACUAUUCAGGAAUCACGGGAAAGUGCCAUAAGAUGUCGUAAUAUUAUAGCCAGUAGUAGUCUUAACAAUUUCGUUUCAACUUUUUAAUUGCUCACCUGUAAUUAACGUAAUAUUUAAAAAUCGUAGUCCUUAAAAAAGAACAUUGUGCAAUAAUAAUGAUAAUUUCAUAUUUUUACAGUAUUAUUUUGUUGAAGAUCUCGUUUCUUAUUGUUGAUAUUAAUGAUUUGUUUUUGAGAUAAUCUUUUUAAACUUAUUGCCAAAGAACAUGACUGUGAAUAUUUUACAUACUUAUAUAUUAUAUACAUUUCAAUGUUAUAUUAGAUCCUAAGGGUUAGAUGGUAGUUCAGAGUAAAGUCUUAGAAUAAAAAGUAAUCAAUACUAAAUCAGUCACAAUUGGAAUGAUCUGGCUUAAACCAUAGCAUUAGUUCCCAUUGUGGCCAGUUUAUCAUCUAUUUUAUCUAAUUUGCUAAUAAUUGUAAAUUUACCAACCAUUUUAAAUUAUUAAAAAUAUUCCUAUAGUUUUACAAUGGCCAACCAUUAUCAUUGUAAUUAUUAAUGUAGCCCACUCAUUUCUAGUAUCACUUAGUUCUAGAAAAAUUGUGAUUAAUGUGUUACAGAAAUAUGGGACUGAAUAAAGAAAAUAUAAAGCA